AUGGAGCAAUCUGUUUUAUACUCUAGGUGUACACAUAUUUAUUCAUUGCUGCAAAAAUUAUGUACUUAUUUUGUUGCAAAGGUAGACCAAUACUUAAGUUUACCUACCGAAGAAGAUGACAAGGAAGAAAAGUUGGAAUCUCAAAUCUACCCUACUGAUAAUUUGGCUCUUGCUACUAGAACCGAAGAUGAUAUCUCCUACUUGGAUGUCUAUGUGUACGACGACGGUGCUGGAGCUCCAGAAGGUGUUGAUGAAGAAGAGGAAGACAAAUUCGAUGCUGAUGUCGCCAAGGGACUCGUCAGGGAAUUUAACUUGUACGUCCAUCAUGACAUUAUGUGA